AUGCAAUCCCGUGCAUCCACCAGUUCCUGGGAGGCCAAAAAGGCUGACAUCGACGACUUUCUCACGAAGUCGUUCUCAUCGAAGCAGUCCAGGGCAGCAUACAUCACGGCCCCCCACGCCUCGGGCAAGUCCACCACUUUGCUUCUCCAUGUGUAUGACAUGGCGAAGAAAGCGAAGGUCUGGCCCGUGGUGUAUGUUCUACCACGAUACGAGGAGGCCAGAGAUCUCUAUACGUACCUGACCGUCAACCAGACCGACCUCCCCAACGCGGCCGACAUCUGCGAGUACACGACUCUCGCCGCAACGGCCGAGGAUAUGGAAAAUUCCGUCGGCGAGAAGGUCAUCAUCCUGUGCGCCUACGAGAUGUUCGGCAUCUGGAACACGCCGUACGGUCGCAUGGUUGUCAUGGCGGACGUUGAAUUGCGCGCGACGGUAGACGGCGAGAUCUUCUUUGGAAAGCUCGUCGAGAUGGCCCGACCGCGUGCUCGAGAUUCUGAAGCUGAAGGAGAGCAGCCAGACAAGCACCCCCUCUCCAUAAUUUGUCUUGGUGCGCGCACGUCUUUCCGAACAGUCAACCACUUCAACAGAUGGCUAGGGGGCGUGUCAAUCAUCGAAGCUGCUCCGUCUGCUGCGUCCAACGUCAACGUCACCCGGCUGGGCAAUGACUGGGCCGAGCAGAUGAGCAAAGCGCUGGCCGACUGGGCAGCCUCGAGCGACAAAGCUGCCGGUACAGCCGUGGCCACCCUCGGACCUUCCAUUGACGAGCUUGAGAUUAAUCAUGAGGCCGUCGAUCCGCAGGUGGUCCAACACAAGUCUCUCCUCUACGGCUCUGAUAACCAGGGGCGUCCGUUCCCUUUUGCAAGAGCUGUCAGGCGGAGCGGACUGGUAAUACUCGACCCGGAUCAUGCCGUAUCCGCGUCGUGUGCCAACCUCGAGAUGUUCCUGUCGGGCGGGGUAACCAAAUCGACGCUGUUUGACUUGAAGACUAGUCAACUGGUCGUGAAAGACCGCUAUCUCUCUCACUACGAACUGCUGCUGGAGGAGUCGUGGGUCCUCAAGUGUCGUAACCCCGAGAGGGUCAAGUUCCUCCGACGUGUUCAAACCAGCGGCCACGUCUCCAGACAGCAGCAGGGCAAACCAGCGGAUCCCAUCGGUCCAGCGUGGAACGAGGACUUGUUUGUUCUCGCCUUGCGCAUGGCGGAGUUGUGGCCAGGAGUCGCGGUUCGCCGGAUGCCCAUCCGCGGGAUAUUCAACCCAAAUAUUCUCCCGGAGGUUUGGGUUCGCCUGACCAAGUGUGGUCUGUUGCUCCCCGGAAAUGGGCAGCCAGGCGUCCGCAUUUCGAAUAGGGGGUCCACGGCACUCGAGUGCAUCGAUCUGCUGAACGAGUACAAGGAUCUCCCGCGUAGUGCCGAGGUCAACAUCCAUAUCGCUUGUUUUAUGGCUGGGGCUUUGGAGACCGAGGACUCCAAGGUGCAGCGCGUCAUUCUGCUCCUUAGUGCAAUCAUGCACCUGGGGUGCGAGGAGUUUUGUCGGGUAAUGCGACAGGUGGUGCUGUCCGAGGUCACCGCCUACACUGCAGGGGUCGGGCGCACCAAUGCGUCCAGAGGCAUGCUCUGGAUCGUACUUGGUGUGUUUCUCGACCUCUACAACCAUCAGGUCUUUGCUGGCGGAGCAGCCAGCUAUGUUAGGAAGGGGGACCUUCUGCUAAUUGAUCCCCAGAGCGGCAUCAUUAUCCUCGACCUGUACAAGAACUGGUGCCGCCGUUUUGGUGUCCCCGCUCAAGAGCUGGACCUCAUCAACGCCACUGAUCUGGACAGUACCCAGAUCAGGGCUGUCGAGUGGCAGCUGCUGCUGGCGUUUCAGCAUCGCACCGUAUUUAUCGAUGCUGACACUGGCAGAUGUUGCGAUGUCGUAUCUCAACAGGCGGUCAAAUUGGCCCAUCAUUAUAUGAUUGAUCUGCAAAGCCUGCGACAGAACGACACGGAGGGUUUGGGUUUUGCAAUGAUCUACGAUUCGUUGCGAUACCAGCGUCUCACCAGUGAGUAUUUCGUGCGAGGAAUUACGAACAUUCCUCGAGAGCUGAUCGUCCGACUUGCCCGUCACCACGGUGUUGAGUGGCCGACUUGUGUUUUGACGUCCUUCCCAAGGGCCUAG